CAAUUUUGUCUCAUGGUAAAACAUUUUACUUAAACUCAUUUGGUUCAGUCAUUAAUUACCCUAUGAUCUAGAACAAGUCACUUAACUUCUUUAGGAUGUGGAGGUUUGAACUAAAUGAUGAUCUUCAUGCAGUUUCUUCUUGUGGCUGAAUUAUUAUUCUUGAGUGAAUUAUUCUCCAGCUACAUUUUCCCCCAAGGAGCAAGUUGCCACAAGUAAAAUUUCUUAAAAGAUAGUAAUUCUAAUUUUUAAAGCUUCAAAUAAUUUCCCCCUUUUUAUUUAUUUCUAUCUUUUACACUCAAAAGUAUGUUGAAUCCCUUUUCUCCAAUGUACUGUAACACUUUGGUCGCAACUUUUGAGUUUGAAUACUUGUUAGCCAUAUACUUGUGAAAACAAGUUCUUUCCCGGAUCUUUAGACUCAUCUCAAACAUGGAGGAUGCUUCUGAUACUUCACAAAGAAUUGCUUCAUUCAUUAAUAAUGUAACUCUCCCAAGCUUCUCUUUAGCUUUCUAACUCUUCCUGAAGCAGUAACAAACUAUGAAAGUCAUUGAGCAGCCAAUAAAAAGGUAGAAGAGGGACGUGCAAAGCUCCUCCCCAGAGUUCUUCCUCCUUUAGAGUCGAAAGUAGAUAAACACAGAAACUUCCUAGGAGCUAAGAGUAGGGCAAGUGGCAGUGAGAUCUAUCAUACUCUAAUCAAGUAGGAGGGAAAAGAGAACGAGGAAGAAUAUAAGCGGUCUCCAGAGGAACCUCGCUUUUCUCCUCCUCGGUAGUUAGGAAGGCAGAGAAGUGGCGUUUUUUGUGACUACAGGGAAGUAGGACGAGCGUGGGCGGCCGAGGGUCCGGGCCAACACGCGGGCGAGAAGAGAUGCCGCUGCUGCAUCGAAAGCCGUUUGUGAGGCAGAAGCCGCCGGGGGAUCUACGGCCCGACGAGGAAGUUUUCUACUGUAAAGUUACCAACGAGAUCUUCCGCCACUAUGAUGAUUUUUUUGAACGAACUAUUCUGUGUAAUAGUCUUGUGUGGAGCUGUGCUGUAACUGGCAAACCUGGACUCACCUAUCAGGAAGCCCUUGAAUCAGAGAAAAAAGCAAGACAGAAUCUUCAAAGUUUUCCAGAACCACUAAUAAUUCCAGUUUUAUAUUUGACUACUCUUACCCAUCGCUCAAGACUACAUGAAAUUUGUGAUGAUAUCUUUGUUUAUGUCAAGGAUCGAUAUUUUGUUGGAGAAAUUGUUGAAGUAGUUAGGAACAAUGGUGCAAGAUUACAGUGUAAUGUAUUGGAAGUUAUCUCUCCGUCACAUCUCAAUGGCAUUGCUAAUGGACAUAUCAGCAGUACAGAUGGAGAAACAAUUGUCAUCAGUGAUAGUGACGAAUCAGAAACACACAUCAGUUCACCACAUAAUGGGAAGAAAAAAUCCACAAUUGAUUCCUCAUUGUUCAAGUACAAGGUGCAGCCCAUUAAAAAGGAAUUAUAUGAAUCAGUUGUGGUUAAAGCAUCUCAAAUAAGCCGCCGGAAACAUCUCUUUUCUCGUGAUAGACUAAAGCUUUUUCUGAAGCAACAUUGUGAGCCGCAUGAUGGAGUCAUUAAAAUUAAGGCAGCAUCUCUUACAAAAUAUAAAAUAGCAGAGCAGCAUUUUUCCUACUUCUUCCCUGAUGAUCCACCAACAUUUGUCUUUAGUCCUGCAAGCAGACGACGAGGGAGGCCUCCCAAACGAAUAUCUAUUAGUCAUGAGGAUGGAGUUGCUGGUAAGCAAACUAUUCAAGGAAAUGGGAGUAAAGCUAUAAAGGAAAGAGAGAAACUUCUCAAACAAAAAGAAGAAAUGAAAUCUCUAGCUUUUGAAAAGACAAAAUUAAAAAAAGAAAAGGCCAAUAUCAUAGAGGCCAAGAAAAAAGAAAAGGAAUAUAAAGAAAAAAAGAAGGAAGAAUUAAAGAAAAUUGUUGAAGAAGAAAGAUUGAAGAAGAAAGAAGAGAAAGAGAGACUUAAACUAGAAAAAGAAAAGGAAAGAGAGAAGUUGCGUGAAGAAAAACGAAAGUAUAUUGAAUAUUUAAAACAAUGGAGUAAACCUAGAGAAGAUAUGGAAUGUGAUGAUCUUAAGGAACUCCCAGAACCUACUCCUGUGAAAACCAGGCUGCCUCCUGAGAUCUUCGGUGAUGCUCUAAUGGUGUUAGAAUUUCUUCAUGCAUUUGGGGAGCUUUUUGAUCUUCAAGAUGAGUUUCCUGAAGGAGUAACUCUAGAGGUUUUAGAGGAAGCUCUUGUGGGAAAUGAUAGUGAAGGCCCACUAUGUGAAUUGCUUUUUUUCUUCCUCACUGCCAUCUUUCAAGCAAUAGCUGAAGAAGAAGAAGAAGUCGCCAAAGAACAAAUAACUGAUGCUGAUACCAAAGAUUUAACAGAGGCUUUGGAUGAAGAUGCAGACCCCACAAAAUCUGCACUGUCUGCAGUUGCAACUUUGGCAGCUGCAUGGCCACAGUUACACCAGGGCUGUAGUUUGAAAAGCUUGGAUCUUGAUAGCUGCACUCUUUCUGAAAUCCUCAGACUUCAUAUCUUGGCAUCAGGUGCUGAUGUAACAUCAGCAAAUGCAAAGUAUCGUUAUCAGAAACGAGGAGGAUUUGAUGCUACAGAUGAUGCCUGUAUGGAACUUCGUUUAAGUAAUCCCAGUCUACUGAAAAAACUUUCAAGCACUUCAGUAUAUGAUUUGUUGCCAGGGGAAAAGAUGAAGAUACUUCAUGCUCUCUGUGGGAAACUACUAACCCUCGUCUCCACUAGGGAUUUUAUUGAAGACUAUGUAGAUAUAUUAAGACAGGCCAAACAGGAGUUCCGGGAGCUCAAGGCAGAGCAACAUCGAAAAGAGAGGGAAGAAGCAGCGGCCAGGAUUCGUAAAAGGAGGGAAGAGAAACUUAAAGAGCAAGAACAAAAGAUAAAAGAAAAAGAAGAAAAACUUAAGGAAGAAGAACAAAGAAAUCCUACUGCAGACGUAUCUACUGGGGAAGAAGAACGAGAAGAUCUUGAUACUAGUACUGAAAGCAAAGAAAUUGAACCAAAAGAACAGGAUCAGGAUACAGCCACAGAAGAUGAAGAAGAAUUGUUACUACAUAAAAGAAGAAGAGCAGGAAAAAGAGGGCAGAAUGGAUUUAAAGAAUUCUUAAGUCAAGAAGAUUCUGGCUAUUCAAAGAAUGAACCAUUUACUGCUGAUGAAGAAGAAACUUUAAAACAGGAACAACAAAAAAAGGAGAAAGAUCUUCUAGAAAAAAUUCAAAGUGCCACAGCCUGUACCAAUAUUUUUCCCUUAGGUCGUGACCGCAUGUAUAGGCGUUACUGGAUUUUCCCUUCUGUUCCUGGAUUGUUUAUAGAAGAAGAUUAUUCUGGUCUCACUGAAGACAUGCUGUUACCUAAGCCUAAGUCAUCGUCAUUUCAAAAUAAUGUACAAUCUAUAGUGACAAGUGAACUUCAAGAAUCAACUAAAACUGCAGAGUCUUUUAAAUCUGAAUCUACCUCCAAUAUUGACUCUACCCUGCUACCAAGGCCAGUACAUAAGCCAAAUCGAUGGUGUUUUUAUAGUUCUCCGGAGCAACUAGACCAAUUAAUUGAGGCUCUUAAUUCCCGAGGCUAUAGAGAAAGUGCCUUAAAAGAAACUCUUCUACAAGAAAAAAGUAGAAUUUAUGAACAACUGGCCAGUUUUUCUGAGGAAAAAUUUCAUAUUCCAGAUAAACUUCAGAAUGAUAGCAAACCCAUUUGUGGCCGAGGAAAAAUAUCAAACGCACAUGAUACAUUCCAAAUAUCUGCAGAAAGGCAACUUGAAUUGAGGCUUAGAGAUUUUCUUUUGGACAUUGAAGAAAGAAUCUACCAAGGAACACUAGGGGCAGUCAAGGUUACAGACAGACAAACUUGGAGAGCAGCCUUAGAAAAAGGAUGGUAUGAGCUACUAAGUGAGGAAAACAAGGAAAAUGGAAUUAUUAAAUCUGUGAAUGAAGAUGGAGAAGAAAUAGAAAUUGGUGAUCAAGCAAAGUUCAUUGUAAAAGACAGGCUGCUUGGAACCAAAACUGAAGUGCCAAAUGCUGUUUCAACCAAUACAAACACACCCCAGUCAGUCAGUAAAGUGGUUCAUUACCUAGCAACUGCACUACUUCAAAUAGAGCAAGGCAUUGAACGGCGGUUCCUCAAAGCACCCUUAGGUAAUGCAGAAAUUAAAAGAGAUCAAAAGGGAGAUAGAAAGAAAAAAGAGGACAAGAAAAAAAGAGAGGAUGAUCAGUCUAGUGAGAAAGAUGAUGCCAGUGACAGUGGACGUUCUUACAAAACAGUCCUGGAUCGUUGGAGAGAGUCUCUUCUUUCUUCUGCUAGUCUGUCCCAAGUCUUUCUUCAUCUUUCUACCUUGGAUCGUAGUGUCAUCUGGUCCAAGUCUAUAUUAAAUGCUCGUUGCAAGAUGUGUCGAAAGAAGGGUGAUGCUGAAAGCAUGGUGCUUUGUGAUGGUUGUGAUCGAGGUCAUCAUACUUACUGUGUUCGACCAAAACUCAAGACUAUACCUGAAGGAGACUGGUUCUGUCCAGAGUGUCGACCAAAACAGCGUUCUAGACGACUUUCCUCUAGACAGAGACCAUCUGUAGAAAGUGAUGAAGAGACCACAGGACAAAUGGAAAAUGAAGAAACAGAUUAUGAUGAAAUAGGACAGAGUGAGGAAGAGGAGUAUGAGAUGGAGCAAGAUGAAGAUGAUGACUCUCGAGAAGAAGAAAUGAUCCCACCUAAACGAGGAAGACCACAGCUUAGAUUUCCAAUAAAACCAAGAGGCAGACUCAGUACUUCUAUUUCAAGUCGUGGUGGUCAGCGACAAGACUCUGGAAGAUAUACUUCACGGAAUCAGCAGAGUAUAUCCAAACCAACUGGAUCUUCAUCUAAAACUACUGGUAGAAAUCUAAGAAAAAUAAAAUCUGCUCCUGCUACAGAAACUAAAGCUUCUUUAAGACUUACCAGCCGUUCUACUCGUCAGAGUCAUGGUUCAUUACAAGCAGAUGUAUUUGUGGAACUAAUUAGUCCUCGAAGAAGACGUAGAGGCAGGAAGACUGCUAAAAAUAUACCAGAAAAUAGUCCUUCCAACCUCCCUAACUUUAGAGUCAUUAACACAAAGUCAAAUGAAGAAGCAAAACUUUUACAUUCUACGCCUGAACUUUCUGUUCAGGAUAGAGAACCUAAGAAAAGAGGCAGGAAAAGACAAUCAGCAGACUCAUCUUCUAAGACAUUGAAUCGAAGAAGUUCAGGCAGACAGGGUGGUGUCCAUGAAUUAUCUGCUUUCGAACAACUUGUUGUAGAACUAGUACGACAUGAUGACAGCUGGCCUUUCUUGAAACUGGUUUCCAAGAUCCAGGUACCAGACUACUAUGAUAUCAUCAAAAAACCUAUUGCCUUAAAUAUAAUUCGUGAAAAAGUGAACAAAUGUGAAUAUAAACUAGCUUCUGAAUUUAUUGAAGAUGUUGAGUUAAUGUUUUCAAACUGCUUUGAAUACAACCCUCGUAAUACAAGUGAAGCAAAAGCUGGAACUAGACUUCAAGCAUUUUUCCACAUUCAAGCUCAAAAGCUUGGACUGCAUAUUACACCUAGUAAUGUAGACCACACUAUGCCUCCAGCUGCAAAAAAGUCACGAAUAUAACUUUGUCCUUUUAAAGGAUUUAUUUUGAGAAAAACCUAAUGCUGUUCGUGAAAAUGGAAUAUUAAAUCACGCUACAAAGCAGUCAUAUCAUAAUACAAUAACAACUAUUUAACCACCUUGAAGUGUGGCCUGCACUAUGUUCUCAAAUUUUAAUAUUAAGUACUCAGGAGAAUGUAGGAAAGAUUUCCUUUGCUACAAUUUUGUUCACUGUCUGUUUGAUGUAUUGGAUACAGUACUGGUUUACAGAGGUAUUUACAUAUUUUAAAGAUCAUUCAUGUGUCCAAGUAUCAAGUAUUUUGCAAAAAUAAUUUUUUCUAUGCCUUUGACUUGUUUUUCAUCUUUUACCCUUUUUUAGACUGUGGCAUUGUGGGGGUUUUAUUAAUAUAAAUAAAAUUUUCUACUUUAACAUAGUUUAAAAACUGUAAAUGAUUAAAAAUUAUUUUAUGAGCACAUCUUUUGAACACUACACAUGAAUGAAUAAGUACAAUUUUUUUGUAUAUCAUUAAAAGUGCUGUACCAGUGCUAGCUGGAGGUAUUCAGUUGGAAUUUUUUAAGUAGAUAUUUAUUUAGUAUUCAAAGAGAUUUGUGAAUUUGUUUUUGUAUUUAUAAAAUUUGUACCUGGAAAAAGUUCCUUAAAUUUAAAAAAAAUUUUACUGUGUUUUUGUUUAUUCCUCUUUUUGUAAUGAUCAGCUGAAAAAGGUAACACCCUCCCUUUUUUCCCUGGCAGUUCUUCCAGCGAUAAUUAGCUUUUACAGAACUGUAUUGUAAGUUUCAAUGUACAACUUUUUAAGUGUACAAAUAAAAUGAUACAUUUUUCAAAGUA